AUGGAGCAUCUAUUGCAACAGAGCACGUCACAUCUAUACGAGCAGAGAAAUUCCGUUCUGGAUGCAGAAGAAGCCCGGCGCGAAUUCAUCCUUCGUCGACGUAUGCAAGCACUAAUACCCUACUUCAAAUCCAAACAUGACUCUGGCCCUUUCAAGCUUUACUGCGAUGAUAUUCACCCUCGAAAUAUACUGGUCGAUAAGGACACAUACCAGAUAACUGCUGUCAUUGACUGGGAGUGGACAUAUGCUGCUCCUUGA